UUUUUUUUCUUCCCCUUUAUUCACUAAUUGAUGUGUCAGACCUCCUGGGGUGAAACAAAUUGAUCACCUUGAGCUCUUACAUGCCUCACUAGCAAUUAUAAUCAAUUAUAAUGUGUUUUUCCCAACACUUACUUUUAUGUUACUUUCUGGCUUUGCGUCAUCAACAUAUUAGCGUGAUCACUUUAACACCGGGACAGCUAGCAACUGUUUCACAUGAAGCCAGAUCAUGGCAGGAAAGGAAAAUACCUCCCUACAUUCCUCAGUGGAAAGAAUGUGCUUCCAUCACAGCUUGGCAGUGUCAGCCCUUUGGGUCGGACUGUUGAAUGACCACAUUGAAAUUUGGACAGAAUUAUUGGCACGAUUGUAAAAUUGCUCAUGAAGAUUCUUCACAUGCCUGCAAAGGUAACUUAUUUUAUUUGUUUAUCUUGACAGCUUGCAUGUGUUUUCAAUACAAGAGCAGCAAGCCUCAUUUUAUCCUUGUGUGGGCUAGUUCGGUGUAAACUUCGCAGUUCAAAGUUGAACAAAGGCUUUGAUGGUGUUUGUGACUGACUAGCUCUUGAGCAUCCACUUCAGAGCUUUAUUGUGACAUAUCAGGUUUUUUUUUCGUGCUCGUCUCUAUAGUGAGCUCUCAUAAAUCCACCUGCUUCAGAAUAAGAAGUGUUGGUCUGCAAUCAUCCUCUCUUUUUCCCUUUGUGUCUUUCUUGGCUCGCCAUUAGCAGGUCUAAAAUGGUUGAUGUUGUGUCACCACACACCAUGCCGUCAGAAAGCGAGGUUCUUGUGGCAAGGUGCUUUCUCACCAAGAUUUUGCAAAGCUCUAUGAGGAAGAAUGACUUCAAAGGGAAGAAUGAUCCGAGCUCACAGCCUCAUUCCUGCCACUCAUCCAAGCUGACAGUGGAGGAGUCUGAGUCCCUUGGCAAAGAAACCACCACAGAGCUGGUCUGGCAGCAAAGGGAAGUGAGGCUCAAAGAUUCACCGUGCCAAACAGACCAUCAUAAGCAGCAGCUGCUAACUGGCCAACUCGGCUGCGUGAGCAACAUGGAGAAACUGGAGCGUCCUGCUCAUCCUUUCUCAUCAGAUCAUGCUUCCACAACUAAAUACACGAGCAUCAGUGAGCCUCUCAGUAGUUCAGGGAGCACAAGAGACACAUUCAGCUGUUUCGCCAUUGGAUCCAACCCUCUGGUUCUAGACUCAAGCUCACUUGGCAGGAAGGGAACCAGUGCAGAAAGCAUUUUUUUCAAAGGUCUUCAGGAUGAAGGGCCCUUUACAGUGGAGCGCCCCGAGUACCAACAGACUCCUUGCAAGGAGCGGUCACGGUUGGAUGAGCAGAACUCCUCUUGGAUGCCAAGCAAAUUUAGGCCCAGCAUUGGUACAGUGUGGCAGGUACCGGAAAAGAAAAAAUCCAAAUCCCCUCCUCCGCCUCUUCCAUUGGGCAAGGACGGUUGUGUUUUGCCACACUCUGAGGAAUUUGAAAAAAAUCCAAAGAUUUACUGCAGGUCAGUUGAAAGGCUGGAUGAAGGUAACAAAUUCCAAACAGAAACAAAUAUUAAGUCCAGAUAUAGCAUCACGUCACUGUCAGACAAAGACUUUUUCCAUCCCAGCAGAGCAGGUAAACACAACCAACUACAGCCAAACAAACACUUCUCAUUGUCCAGCACCGAUAUCAGACAAUCUUCUUUUGCCAACAGACCUCCUCACCACAAACAGUUCAGUGAAGAGAGCCUCUUUUAUCCCCAGACAUGCUUCGCUCCUCGCACCAAGACUCAGAGUGUUGGAAGUUAUUAUCGCAGUUUACAGGAUCUGCCUGUAAAGGCCUCUAGUCGUAAAUUGAUCUGGUGCUCCUCAGCCUCGGUGGCUGCCACAAGCCGAGAAAAUAACGGACAGUGUGUUUCAGUAAUCAAAAAGGGAAAACAGAUGGGCCACACAGAAAAUAAGGGGCACAUUGGUCUUCUGAAAAAUGUUCCCCUCCUUAAUCCCCAAAUCUCUGAACGCUCUCACUGUCGUGGUCCACAGGAUGCCACAAAGAGAAGUGAAGGACACAUUAACAAUAUGAAAAGAAUUUUCCCAGCUCAUCGAAGUAACAAUUACAAGGCUAGUCUUUCAAGGUUCCACAACCCCUGGCUACCACAAGAAGACCACCGAAUAUCCCCCUUGGAAACCCCAUUGCUUCAUUCACUGGCACAGGAGAGUAGAAUUCAAACAGAAGCUACACCCACAAGUAUUGGGUCAUCUCAGAAUCUCUGUGCCUCUGUGGUUGCCAAUGGUGGAGAAGCCCGUCGACGUGGUGAGCGUUAUGCCACUACACUACGGAAUGAAGUGCAGCAGAAGCGAGCCCAAUUGCAAAAAAGCUGUAGUGCUGCAACACUGACUUGUGAUGUCCAUGAUGAGGACCCUGCACAGUGGGAAUAUGCAGAGCCACUUUUAUCAUGUCGCAUAUCCUCCUCAAACACCUACAAAGACAAUCUGAAAGAGGCACAAGCUAGGGUCCUCCAGGCUACUUCUUUUCAGAGACGCGAUCUAGAACCACUUGGAACAGAGGCACCGGUGCUUAAAACUUCAAAUGGACGCAUUAGAGGACGUAAACGUUUCCCCUUAGCCAAACGUAUGCAUUCCUUCUCAGAACCUGACAAGAUAGAUAGAGUGGGAGUGGACAGAACGCACCCAGAUGGUGAUUUUGACCAAAUGAAAUUCUCUGGGGUCAAGCCAGCGUUUUCCAAACCGGCUAGGCCAGUAACAACGUCCAAUACAGAGUUGAACCCAAGUCAAGAUAGGACAGUUGAAACCAAAGAAAGAAGGAUGUCAGGGGAGCUGAUCCUGCAGGAGCAACAGAAGCUCGGAACCUUUGCUGAUUACCAAGCCACGUGGAAUAAACAGAAGCGAACAUCUGAGGCCAAGGUCCAAGGCAGGUAUUACUCGGCAGAGAACAUCUUGGAUACUGAAGCUGAGGAGAAGGCAGCAUGCUUCCACGAAAGAACCAGAUCUUCUCCCUCUGCAGAUUUUUGUACUCAGAAUCUUCCAUCCAUGUUUAGUGAUCCUAAAGUGAAGCAAAGCAACGGUGGAGCAAGAAAUGAUGACCCAGUCCCAGACAUCAGUGACCACCAACCCAGCCAAGAUGCUGUCAUCCCAACCUUUGCGGUCUGCUCGAAACCUGGUAGCCUGAGUCCUAUUCUUGGAUCCCAGCAUACCGCCCAGCCUCCGCAAGCCAAUGCCAUCUCACCUUCUAGGCUCCAUUUAGGCUUGGAAACAACUUGCUUGUCACAGGAUUUACUCUCAGUGGUCCGAGCAGACCCCGUGAAGCUUCAAUCCCUGUCCAGUUUGGAUACCACUACAAAGAGUCCCGCCCCUCCUGGCUCUCCUCGGCGAUGCAAGAUGUUUCAAUCUGAAGGCAACACAGAAGAUGCAGAGAGCAAUAAGGAGCCAUCAUUAUCUUCCCUUGCUGCGGCCAACCACCUUCACGCUCCCUCACCACAUCUUCCACUUUUGAGGCUGAUGGACAAACAGCUGGUUAUGUCUGUUGUGGAGGAUUCACGUUUCUGGUCUGAAAAUGACUCUAAGCCCUCUGAAGCUGUGGUGGACUUGAAAAGUUCAGGGGAAAAAAUUCUUGGGGUGGUCCCAACUUUCUCACCUCAAAGCAGCAACACCUCUGCCGUCUUGAAGACUUGCUCAGACAUCAUCUCAGUGGAUACCAAAGAUACAUGGCGCUCCUCAACAUUCAGUGUCUGCAUUCAGCAGCCUACUCAGGACCUGGGAAAUGAAUCAGAACGGCUCGGACCCAAGGACAGCACUCCUAUGUCAAAACUAGCAAGGGAAGAAGAUGCCAAGACAGAGCAGCUGGUAAGGGAUAUCAUGGGCAAAGACAAAUCCCUGGUGGAGAUCUUAGAUCAGACUGGAAGGAAGACCACAAUGGACCUUAUGGAAGGACUAUUUCUCCAAGAGAAGCAAAUCCUGGAGGGGUCCCAACAGCGCAGAAGGACCUCAUGCAGCUCCAGGCUGCCCACCACAAGCAGGAGGGAUGAGGAGAAUGUCUCAACAGCAGUUUCGCUGGUUCCCACUUCCUGCUACUACAACACGUCGGCUCCAAAAGCUGAGCUCCUCAUCAAGAUGAAGGACAUGCAGGAACAAUUGCUGGAACAGGACUCUGAAGAAGAGCUGGAUGAAGACCUAGCCAGUAAAAAGCAGGAGCUGAUCUCAAGCCUUGCCCAGAAGUUGGAGGUGUUACGGGAGGCACAACAAAGCCUGCAGGAGGACAUAGAGGACAACGAGGCUUUGGGCAGCGAGGUGGAGACCACUGUGAAGCGCUUUUGCUUGCCCAACCAACUGGACAAGUUCCGUAUGUUUGUGGGUGACCAGGACAAAGUUGUGAGCCUGCUGCUGUCACUUUCGGGUCGGCUGGCGCGUGUGGAGAACGCUCUCAACAGUCUGGAAGAUGGAGCGCCCCCGGAGGAGAAGCGCACCCUGACUGAGAAGCGCAAACUGCUAAUGCGGCAGCACGAGGAUGCCAAGGAGCUGAAGGAGAACUUGGACCGCCGGGAGCGUCUGGUGUCCUCCAUCAUGGAGACUCAUUUGGACCCUGAGCAUCUGGAUGACUAUCGCCAUUUUGUCAAGAUGAAGUCUGCUCUCAUCAUUGAACAGCGCAAACUGGAGGACAAGAUCAAGCUAGGUGAGGAGCAGCUCAAGUGCCUACUGGACAGUCUUCCGCUGGAGCAGAGGUCACAGUUUUAAAACCCAGGAAGAGGCUCUCCACCAGCUUCUGCACUGGUUACACUCUUCUGUUUAUGCUGUCACUGGCCAUAUAUGCCAUGGUUUUCUUUUGCAGAUGAUGUGUCAUACUUGAAUGCACGUAUUGUAUGUGACAGGUGGACGACUGGUUAAAACGUCGGCCUCACGGUGCAGAGGUCCAGGGUUCGAUUC